AUGGAUGGUGGUAGCGGUGUUUCUUGGUGGCCGGAAAACAGCUCCACCUCCGAUGGGGUGUUCGUGACUGUAAAUGAAGAAGGUGGGGGGAGGGGGAAGUUGGUCUGGGGGAAGACAGGCGAAUUAAAUCCUCUCAUUCAAUGCCAUCAACAACACAGUAGUGACAGUAUUCAAUUCGGUUUCUGUAUCAGCUACUGCAACUGUAGUGCUUCUGGGACUAUUCAUGCUUUGAGAGCAGGAGGAGCUUCACAUUCUAAAGAGGAUCGGAACAAAUCAACAGUAAGAGAAAUCAAUUCUAAACAGGGACUUCGUUCCGAUGCAAGGAGUAGCGUUCUGCAUUCUUCUCUUCAUGAAUCUAACAGCAACAAGGACACAGAUGUUGCAUCAAAUCAAAAGGAUUCAUUGGAAAAGGAUAUCGAGCAACUUCAAAUGCGGUUGCAGCAAGAGAAAUCAAUGCGGAUGUUGCUUGAGAGAGCAUUAGGUCGAACAUCUAGCAGUUUGUCCCCUGGGCAUAGGCAUUCUGCAAAUCACACAAAGGGGUUAAUUGCUGAGAUUGAAUUACUUGAGGAAGAGGUUGUGAAUCGCGAGCAGCAUGUUCUAUCUCUAUACAGGUCCAUUUUUGAACAAUGUGUAUCUUCCAAACAAACUUCAGUCCAGACUUCUCCUGCACAUGCAAUGAAGAAGGAAUCAAUAUCAAGUUCAAGGAAGCAUCCCACUAUUAUCUCCAGCACCUUUUGUUCUUCAAAAACCUUCCCUUUCCGAAACUUUCAUGCUCUUUCCACCAUGAAUGCUGGGAAAGGAAGCUUAUUGCACUCCAAGAUAAGGCAUAGCAAAGCUAACAGUUGCUCAGAUGAAAUAGUGAAGGAGAUGAAGGGAAAUCAGUCUUCAUCCAGGAAGAAACCUUGUUUACAGUUAAGUUUAAAAGAUCAUCUUUACGAGUGCCCCAGCAGAUUAUCAGAAGAGAUGGUAAAAUGUAUGGCUACUGCAUACUGCUGGCUCCGCACUCCAUCAUCAUCAUCAUCAUCAUCAUCAUCAUCAACAACAAAUAAGAAAUCGUCUUCACUCUCUAUUACCAAUGGAGAGGAUUGCAAGUCAAUGGUUGAAAUAUGUUGGAUAUCAACUCACAACAACAACUUCUCUCGUGCAUCUUAUGCCAUAAAUAGUUAUAGAGUUUUAGUGGAACAACUGGAGAGGUUGAAUUUGAGCCAAAUGGAAACAAAUGCUCAGACUGCAUUUUGGAUCAAUAUGUAUAAUUCCAUGAUUAUGCAUGCAUAUCUGGCAUAUGGAAUACCCCACAGCUCUUUGAGAAGGUUAGCCUUAUUUCACAAGGCUGCUUACAAGAUCAGUGGGCAUGUAAUAAGUGCAAAUGCUAUUGAGCAAGCAAUACUUAGGUUACGCACCCCUAGGGUUGGAAAGUGGCUGGAGACCAUUCUUUCAACUGCAUUAUGGAAAAAAUGUGGAGAAGAAAGACAACGUAUUAGUACAGAGUUGGGUCUUGAGAAUUAUCAACCACUUUUGUGCUUUGCCCUUUGCACUGGAACUUCAUCUGAUCCUGUGCUAAAAGUGUACACAGCAUCAAACAUCAAAGAGGAGCUAGAAUUAGCAAAGAGGGAGUUCCUUGAAUCAAACAUAAUGGUGAAGAAAUCAAAGAAAGUUUUGAUACCCAAAUUACUUGAGAGAUUUGGAAAAGAAGCCAACAUCUGUCAAGAAGGUCUUCUCAAGUGGAUAAUGGAAAAUGUUGACAAAAAGCAGCUUCGUGAUUCAAUAGAGAAAUGUAUGGAGCAUAACAAAGGGGUAGGAGGCAAAAAGACAUCCCACACCAUUGAAUGGAUGCCUUAUGAUUCAAGAUUUCGGAAGAAGGAAUCAUUGUACAUAUAUGACAAUUGGUCUGCCACACUUGCAAUAUCAUCAUAUGACUGA